AUGACUGUCAUUCGCGCCUUCCUGGUCCUUGUUUGUACGCUAAUUGUCGCCGCCGUGCUCCUUCCCGCCGCGACGGCGGAUGAUGUCGUGAACCCCACUCUCGCCGCAACUUUCGCGCAUGGCGCUCUCGGCGCGCCGGGCGGCGUUCGCGAGAACGCGGAUGUGAGGGCGAUACGUUAUAGCAUCCGUGCUCUCAUGGAUGAGCGCGAGGAGGAGGAGUCGCCCCAGGCGCGGGCUGUUCGCGUUCUGGCGGCGGCGGACGCAAUGCUCUCCGCGCCGCUGCAGGGGGGAGGCGCGGAUGCUGAAGUGGCAGCGGAAGAGCCGAGGAGGAGCAAGAAUGGCGGGAAGAAGGGCGAGAGGAAGGGCGGAAAGAAGGGCGGGAAAAAGGGUGGGACGAAAGGUGGAAAUACGAGGAAGGACGAGGGGCAUACGUGGAAGGACGAUGGGCAUACGGGGAAGGAUGAUGAUAAUAAGAGGAAGGAUGCGGAGAAUAAGUGGAAGGAUGAGGUGAAUAAGCAAAAGGAUGAGGAGAAUAAGAGGAAGGAUGAGGAGAAUAAGCGAAAGGAUGAGGAGAAUAAGCGAAAGGAUGAGGAGAAUAUGCGAAAGGAUGAGGAGAAUAAGCGAAAGGAUGAGGAGAAUAAGCGAAAGGAUGAGGAGAAUAAGAGGAAGGCUGGGGGCAAUAUGAGGCAUGGGGGCAACACGAGGGAGGACGGGGGCAACACGAGGGAGGACGGGGGCAACACGAGGGAGGAUGGGGGCAACACGAGGAAGGAUGGGGGCAACACGAGGAAGGAUGGGGGCAGGAAGCGCAUGGCAGACAUGGCACGCGUUCCUGCUGCCCUCCUAUCACCCCUCACCACCCCUCACCACCCCUCCUCACCACCCCCCUUCAGCUCCCCCCUGACCCUUCAUGCCCCCACCCCCCUGGCUCUCCUAUCACAGCAGGGCAGCGCAGGGCAGUGGCUGUGGGGCGAGUUCAGCUGCCUGCCUGCUGCUCUCUUCUCACCCCUCCUCCUCACCAACCCCCCUGGGUCCCUCCCUAUGACCCAACCGCAGGGCAGCGCAUGGCAGUGGAUGUGGGGGUGUUCAGCUGCUGGCCUGCCUGCCACCCCCCUUUCAUCGGUUCCCCUCACCACACCACACCGCUCUCCAUCCCUCUGCUCUUCCCUACCUCCUCACCCAACCCAACAGCAGGGCAGCGCAGGGCAAUGGACGUGGGGCGAGUUCAGCUUCCUGCCUGUGCCGUGGACCGCUGCUCCUUCAAUGUGGCUGAUGUGCACCUGUGAGUGGCUGGGAGGAGGAGCAUAUGUGAGUGGAUGGGAGGAGGAGCUCAUGCGCACCCACCUGUUCAUGCACGAGUCAACUCUCCCUCUCACCCUUCUGCCUGCUCCUCUCGUUGCUGCAUCCAGGAGCGCACGCGUGGGGCUAGCAGCAGUUUCUCUGAAGGCCCUGGGGCCUCUCUGCUACCCCACCACAACCACACUUCAUCUGACCCUCCCCUCUCCCAUUCCUGCCUGCAUCCAGGAGCGCACGUGUGGGGCGGGCAGCGGUCUCUCUGAAAGCCCUGGGACCCCUUUUCCACCAUCACAACCAACACCUCACACGUCUGUGUCCCAUAUCACUCCCCUGUCACGGUGUCACCCCCCUUGCUGCCUCCAGGAGUGCGUGUGUGGGGCGGGCAGCAGUCUCCUUAAAGGCCCUGGGGUUCCUCUGCUACCCUCACCACAACACCCCACACGUCUGAGUCCCACUCCUCUGACUCGCCCUUCUGUCUGCCCUUCUCGUUGCUGCCUCCAGGAGUGCACGUGUGGGGCGGGAAGCGGUCUCUCUGAAAGCCCUGGGGCCCCUCUGCUAUGCCGUGGCGGCUUCCAAAGCAUUUCCUAA